AUGUUUUUACAGAAUUAUCACUACAGCCAUACUGAGAAUAUUUUAUAUGUGGAAUCAAUUACAGAUGUUGUAAUUGAAAUCUGUAAAGAAAAAUCUGAAAACACAGAAAUCAAUAUGAUCACAAUCAUGAAAUUUUUAGUAUUGGAAACUUUCAAGAAAAAUGUUUCAACUGUAUGUCUGUUUUCAUGA